UGCGCCGCGCAGUUAUGGACUCUGGUGAACUGCGGUAUAAAUAUAAGAAUUCAAAUUCGUUGAUUUUAUGCAAUGUAUGUAUGGGAUAAAACUCAUGUAUUAAAUUUUUAUUAUUUUUGAAGUUUUAAAGUUCACACUUAGUUUGCAUUUGUACAUACAAAUAAAUAUAAGAAAUGUUUCGUUCAAAGAUGCUUUUAAUUGUACAAAAUACUAUAAAUAACAAUGUAUAUAACAGUGGACGUGCCAGUAUAUAUGCAUUGUUUUCAUCAAACACUUCAAAUGUAAAUUUAUCUGAAACUGCAACAGAGAAUUUAAACAAAAAUGUAAGUGAAGCUUCAACAGAAAUUUUAAAAGAAGCUUUAACAAAGACUUCAAAUAAGGAAUCAACUAAUACCCCAACAGAAGCUUCAUCAACCAGUACAUCAUCUUUUGAAGAGUCAAGUGUUGAUAAACUGUAUAAGACAAUAACAGUUGAAGUAAGAGGAAAUGAUCCUGCUGUAUUAAACAGUUAUACAACGUUUUCUCAUAUGGCAGCAACACAUUUAGAUAUUCCAAUUAUCAAACUGCAGUCACCACGCAAACCUAUACAUCAAAGAUUAACAUUGCUUAAGUCUGUCCACGUUCACAAGAAACAUCGUGUGCAAUAUGAAACAAGAACAUAUUAUAGAUAUUUUGAGCUUUCUAACUUAACUGGUUCCACAGCAGAUACAUAUCUAGAAUAUAUACAGAGAAAUCUUCCAGAAGGAGUUGCAAUGAAAGUUACAAAGGCAGAAUUACAUACUUUACCAGAAUCAGUUCAACAAGCAUCAUUUCAAUAAUAAAUAAACAUGGCAGUUUAUUAUACCAUCUUAAAUUUUGUGAAUAGUAAAAUAAUUUAUGCAGAAUUGGUGUGAAUUUAAUGUUUCCUUUAUCUGUGCUAUACUUUCCUUUUUUGAAUGGUAUACUUUUUGUAUGUUCGUGUAUUUUUAUUAUGCUCAUUUUGUUACUAGUAUAUGAAUAAU